GGCCGGUCAUCCUCGAAACUUACAACACAUUGGUCCCCGAGCCUGUCACUCAAACCUGAUUUCCCGUAACACGUGGGGCCAACAUUUAGGAAGCCACGUUGACAAGGGGUUCGCUGAAAUGAGUGUGGGGUUCAUUGGAGCGGGCCAGCUGGCCCACGCGCUGGUCAAGGGGUUCACAGCAGCAGGUGUCAUUGCCACUCACAAGAUCACCGCCAGCUCUCCGGACACAGAUCUGCCGACAGUGUCUGGACUGAGGAAACUGGGGGUAAAUUUCACAACCAGUAACAAGGAGACUGUGAACAACAGUGACGUCCUGUUCCUAGCUGUGAAACCCCACAUCAUCCCCUUCGUCCUGGAUGAGAUCGGACCGGACAUACAACAGAGACACCUGAUAGUGUCCUGUGCAGCAGGUGUCACCAUCAGCUCGAUCGAGAAGAAGCUGCUGCAGCACCGCCCGGAGCCGCGGGUGAUGCGCAUCAUGACCAACACCCCCGUGGUGGUGCGAGAGGGGGCCACGGUGUACGCAACCGGCACCCACGCCGAGGUGGAGGACGGGCGGCUCCUGGAGCAGCUGAUGGCCAGCGUGGGCUUCUGCACCGAGGUGGAGGAGGACCUGAUCGACGCCGUGACGGGACUCAGUGGGAGCGGCCCGGCCUAUGCGUUCACGGCUCUCGAUGCCCUGGCGGACGGUGGGGUGAAAAUGGGGCUCCCCAGACGACUGGCAGUCCGACUUGGGGCUCAGGCCCUACUGGGAGCUGCUAAGAUGCUGCUGGAUUCGGAGCAGCACCCUGGCCAGCUGAAAGAUAACGUGUGCUCACCCGGCGGCGCCACCAUCCACGCCCUGCACUUUCUAGAGAGUGGCGGAUUCCGCAGCCUGCUCAUCAAUGCAGUAGAGGCAUCUUGCAUCAGGACCAGGGAGCUGCAGACCCUGGCUGACCAAGAGCAGAUCUCCCCAGCCGCCAUCAAGAAGACCACACUGGACAAGGUCCGCCAGCAGUCGCCCCAGAUGGGAGCCAAGGCCGGGCUCAACCUCUUCAAUAACAAGCACCCAGGCACCAAGAAGCACUGAGCGGGCGCCGGGGGGAGCGUCAGGUGGCGACUUCGCCUGCUGAUACCUCGGCGACAGAAGUGCUUUUCAAAGCCAGCGGUCCUUUCUUCGCACGAGAGCCUCUUGCAGCAGUAGUGAGGACACUGAAGUCAGAACAUAAACUGGGGGAGGUGCGACACCAGCCAGAUCCCUCUUUUAGAUGAGGCUAAAUUUUGCGGCUAGCAAUUGUAGCACGUUGUUGUUUCGGGAUGAAAAGUUUUCUGCAUUACACAUGUUGUUUUAGUUUUUUUUUUCUUUUUUUUUAUUUACUGUUUUUUCUUAUCCUGUCAAAAACGUUUCAGGUUUUCAUUGUGCCCUGAAAGUACCAAACUCUUUUGGUAUGAAUACUCUUGGCCAACAGAAAUCAUGAAGUGUACUGUGAUGAAAACCAUCAUGUCCUUAGCGAGUUAUGCCGCCUGUGGAAGGGCCAUAGUGUGGAUCAGUCUUUGUCAUCUCCGGUUUUAUGAUUUUUAUUAGAUAUUUGAUCUAGUGAUGUAAAAUAAGGACUUUGGGGUACUACAUUCUCUUUUUAAAGAAGUCCCACAUUUGUACUUCCACAGGAAGUGAAAUUUGUUCAAGGCCACAGGGUGUCAUGCAGUGUACAAUGGAAUGAAAUUGGCACAACAGCCUUUGUUUUACACAUCAUUGAAAAGGCUGUCAAUUUGCAAUGAUCCACCAUGCAUCACGUGUUGCAAGCAAGUUCCGAAAUGCUGCGUUAGACAUUGAGAGCACCAGUCUGCAGAGGUGAAUUGGGGUUAAAAAGUGAAAAGCAAAAAUCUGGUGAUUGCAAGACUGUAUCCAGAAAGAUAAUGAGCAGUGCGAACUUCACACAGGCAUGUCCUCUUGACAACAUUCAAUUUAAUGCAUAUUUUUUGUAGUUUUAUAUAUUUUAUAUAUAUAUACAGGGGAAAAAACAAGCCUUGAUUUUGAAAAAUAAAGCACACUAAAUCUCAGUCAUCUCUUCGUUGUUACCAUUUACUCUGCUUCUUGAUUUGCAGUUUAUAUCCAAAGAGAAAUGAAAUGGGUACAAGAAACGACAUUAAAGAACCAGUAGUAUGUCGGUCAUUAAAUGUAUGUUUGUCAACAUAAAGCUUGCUUCACUUAAUGUUGCUAAGUGGAAAGUGUUAAUAAUCAUUUCAUUUUAUGUUACAGAAUGUGUAGUAGAAUAUUUUUGUUACAAGUAAAACUAUGUAUUAUGGAUACAGAGGGAUCUCAAAUUUGGCCAAUUCUGAAGUGUCUCACUGACAUGUUUUAUUUGGCAGAUUAAAGAGAUUUUAAAAACGGAA